AUGCACAUACCAGAUGUUUUCAAGGUUCUAUGUGUAUUCAAAGUCUACAACGAAAGCUUCCUUGGACUUCCACACCACAAAAAUUGGCCAACAUAUGAAGGAUUUACUCUUUGCCAUGACGAGACAAUGCGGAGGAAUAAGAAAGGGCGUCCAAAUUGUACAAGAAUUAGAAUCGAAAUGGACGGUCUUGAGAAAGAAAAGAGAAGAUGCGGGGUUUGUCGAGAAAUUGGUCAUAUGCGUAGAAAAUGUCCGAAUGUAGCAGGCCCGUCAAACCGACCCGUUUAA